AUGAUAUCCACGCGCCCGGUUCUUCGUCGACUUGCCCAGCCGCUGGCUCGGCCUGCUCGGUGUAACGUUAUCCGAUUGUUUACGACGGCGUCCCCUCGCCCGUCCGCUGCCGCUGUUGAAAUCCAGCCGCAACAAUUGGAUCAGCCGCCUUUCCCUAUCCCCGGUCCGGUCCAUGUUAGGCAAGAAGCUCCCAUCCAAACUACUAAGAAUACCCUCCGUGAUGCCGUCGCGGCAACCCAACCGAGGAAUGACUGGACGAGGGAUGAGAUUGCGGAAAUCUACGACCAUCCGUUAAUGGACUUGGUGCAUCAAGCGAGUCUCGUUCACCGUCGGUUUCAUAACCCGGCCGAAGUGCAACUAUGCACGCUGAUGAACAUCAAGACCGGCGGAUGUACGGAGGACUGCUCAUACUGCGCGCAAGCUACACGAUACCAGAAGGGUACAGGGUUACAGGCGAAGAAAGUCGAGUCGGUCGAGUCGGUGCUGGAAGCCGCACGAGCAGCUAAAGCAAACGGUAGCACGCGAUUCUGCAUGGGAGCUGCAUGGCGCGACAUGCGCGGGCGCAAGAACAGCCUUCGGAAUAUCGCCGAGAUGAUCAAGGGAGUCCGAGCUCUCGGCAUGGAGGCGUGUGUCACGCUAGGUAUGAUCGACUCUGAGCAGGCAAAGGAGCUGAAAGCCGCCGGAUUGACAGCGUACAACCACAAUGUCGACACGAGCCGCGAGUUCUACCCGUCUAUUAUCUCUACUCGCACUUACGACGAGCGAUUACAGACUCUCGGCCAUGUGAGAGAUGCCGGCAUCAACGUCUGCUCCGGUGGUAUUCUCGGCCUCGGCGAAACAUCGACGGACCGUGUUGGUUUGCUGCACACCGUAUCGACGCUUCCCACCCACCCAGAGAGCUUCCCAGUAAAUGCUCUGGUACCUAUCAAAGGCACACCCCUCGGAGACCGCGAGCCGAUCGAUUUUACAAGCAUGCUUCGAACUAUUGCUACAGCUCGAAUCAUCAUGCCGGCCACUAUUGUUCGAAUUGCUGCUGGGAGGAAGACUAUGUCAGAAGAGAAGCAGGCGCUAUGCUUUAUGGCUGGUGCGAAUGCUAUAUUUACUGGCGAGAAGAUGCUGACAACGGAAUGCAAUGGCUGGGAUGAGGAUAAGGUCAUGUUCGACCGAUGGGGUUUGGAACCUAUGAAGAGCUUUGACAAAUCUCCGCCGCCUUCCAUCAACAACUCAUAG